AUGCAAGGUGGAGGCGGGAAUAGGAAGAUGAGUUCAAGAAAAGGAGGGAAUAAGGACCCUUUCCAUGUUAUCCACAAGGUUCCUUCCGGAGAUAGUCCUUACGUUCGCGCCAAAUAUGCUCAGUUGGUCUUGAAGGAUCCAGAAGGUGCGAUAGUUUUAUUCUGGAAAGCAAUUAACGCAGGAGAUAGAGUAGAUAGUGCACUCAAAGACAUGGCUGUGGUGAUGAAACAGCAAGAAAGAGCUGAAGAAGCCAUUGAAGCCAUUAAAUCCUUUAGGAAUCGUUGUUCCAGACAAGCACAGGAGUCAUUGGAUAAUGUUCUAAUCGACUUAUAUAAGAAAUGUGGAAGAUUAGAUGAACAGAUUGACUUGUUAAAGCAGAAGCUUAGGCUUAUAUAUCAAGGGGAGGCCUUUAAUGGCAAACCCACCAAGACUGCACGCUCUCAUGGAAGGAAGUUCCAGGUUUCCAUCAAGCAAGAGACUUCCAGGAUACUUGGCAAUCUAGGUUGGACUUACAUGCAACAAAUGAACUAUCUGGCUGCAGAGGUAGUAUAUCGAAAAGCACAGUUGAUCGAACCAGACGCAAACAAGGCCUGCAACUUGGGGCUAUGCCUAAUCAAACAGGGGAGAUAUGAUGAAGCUCGAUUUGUUCUUGAAGAUGUCCUGCAAUGUAGAAUUACUGGUUUAGAAGAUUCAAAAUCAAGAAGUCGUGCAGAAGAAUUGUUGCAUGAGUUGGAAUCGCUGCAGUCGGCCGAGUUUUUAUCAACUCAAUUGGGUCAGAACUUAGAAGAAAUAUUUACAGAAGGUCUUGACCAGAUUUUGAGCGAUUGGACUCCUUUCAGAUCCAAGAGACUUCCCAUCUUCGAAGAAAUCUCUCAAUUUAGGGAUCAGAUAGCUUGUUGAUCGAGUGG